CGCGAUAACUCACGUUGCUUAGCAUGACCCAGAUUAGAGUGCUACCAAAAGUUAGCCUGUAUAACUCAAGCGAGCUCGACAGCUGUAGACAGACUUCCUUUGGUCCUGUAAUGAUGACUCGACUCGAGUGUCUUUUGCUGGACUAUAUGGCACGCAUACAUUUGUGACUGUGUCACGGUGCAGUCGGUAACGACAGAGCAGUGUCUGUUUUAGCUAGGUAGCACUUUGAGCUAGGAUUCCCGUUAGCAACCAGUGGUAGGUAACGUAGCAACUGCAGACGCUUGUUUCAUCCACUGCUGCUGUCACCGAAGCCUCGUCUAAUCUACAGGGGAUCAAGAGCAAACAUCCACGAUGAGACUGAAAACAUGGCUCUUAAAGGAACCAAAACAUGAGGAACUUGUGAGCUGUGUUGGCUGGACCACAGCAGAUGAACUGUACUCAUGCAGUGAGGACCACCAGAUCCUCAAAUGGAACCUGCUGUCCAGUGAGACCAGUCUAGUUGUCAAAUUGCCAGAGGAAAUUUACCCUAUUGAUCUUCACUGGUUCCCCAAAACUGUUGGUGUCAAGAAACAGACCCAGGCUGAGGUCUUUGUCCUUACCAGCUCUGAUGGAAAGUUCCACCUGGUCUCAAAGAUAGGGCGUAUUGAGAAGAGUGUUGAAGCACAUAAUGGAGCUGUUUUGGCUGGAAGAUGGAACUAUGAUGGCACUGCUCUUAUCACAGCUGGAGAAGAUGGACAGAUCAAGAUCUGGUCAAAAAGUGGUAUGCUGCGCUCAACACUAACCAGCCAAGGGUCUCCUGUGUAUUCUGUGGCCUGGGGUCCGGAUUCAGACAGAAUACUGUAUACAUCAGGAAAACAGCUAGUCAUCAAGCCUCUGCAACCCAGUGCAAAAGUCUUACAGUGGAAGGCUCAUGAUGGAAUUAUCCUGAAGGUGGACUGGAAUUCAGUCAAUGACUUCAUUCUCUCAGGUGCUGAAGACUGUAAAUAUAAGGUAUGGGACAGCUUUGGCCGUCUGCUUUACUCCUCAUCAUCUCACGACUACCCAGUCACCUCUGUGUCCUGGGCUCCAGACGGAGAGGUGUUUGCCAUGGGCUCCUUCAACACCCUGCGGCUCUGUGACAAGACUGGAUGGUCCUAUGCCUUGGAGAAGCCCAACACAGGCAGUGUGUUCACCAUUUCCUGGUCUGCAGAUGGCACUCAACUGGCUGGGGCCUGUGGCAAUGGGCAUGUCAUCUUUGCCCAUGUGGUGGAGCAGCACUGGGAGUGGAAGAACUUUGUGGUCACUCUUACAAAGAGGCGAACCAUGCAGGUGAGGAAUGUGACCAACGAUGCGGUGGACAUAUUAGAGUUUAGAGAUCGAGUCAUCAAAGCUUCAUUGGCAUAUGGUCACCUGGUCGUUGCCACUUCCCUCCAGUGCUAUGUUUACAACUCAAGAAACUGGAACACUCCACUCAUCUUUGAGCUGAAGGAGGGAACCGUGAGCCUCAUCCAGCAAGCAGAGAAACACUUUCUUCUUGUGGAUGGAGCAGGGUUGUAUAUGUUUUCCUAUGAGGGUCAACUGAUAUCGUCCCCCAAGUUCCCUGGCAUGAGAGCUGACAUCCUGAACGCCCAGGGUGUCUCGCUCAGUAACGACACCAUUGCCAUCCGGGAUAAGCGAGAUGAAAAAGUCAUCCUUCUCUUUGAUGCCUUGACUGGGAAAGCCCUUAGUGACGGGAAGCCCUUGACCCACAAGUUGGAGGUGGUGGAGAUAGCUCUGGACCAGUGUGGCCCAUCCACAGAACGGAAGAUUGCCCUUAUAGACAAGAACCGUGACCUUUACUUAACCUCUGUGCGUCAUCUUGGGCGAGAACCCAAAAUCUGCAAAAUUGGUAGCAUGGUUCACAGUAUGGCGUGGAAUGACACCGCUAACAUCCUGUGUGGGAUCCAAGACAGCCAGUUCACAGUGUGGUACUACCCCAGUGCGGUCUUCACUGACAAAGAACUGCUGCCAAAAACACUUUACAUAAAGGAUGGCAGUGAGUUCAGUCGUGCCCCCCACAUACUGAGCUAUGUCGGUACCAUGGUGACAUUACGCCAAGGAGACGGUUCAUUGGUGUAUAGCAGUGUACCUCCCUACUCAACCGUGCUCCACGAAUACAGCACAUCUGCACGCUGGGAGGAUGCGCUGCGCCUCUGCCGCUUCGCCAAGGACCAGUCUCUGUGGGCGUGUCUUGCUGCAAUGUCUUUGGCAAACAGGGAGCUGACUACAGCAGAGAUGGCCUAUGCUGCCAUUGGAGAGUUACCAAGAGUGCAGUACAUCAAACGUAUAAAGGAGCAGCCGUCCAAGGAGUCGUCUUUGGCCCACAUGCUGUUGUUCAGUGGUCAGGUCAAGGAGGCUGAGGCCACUCUUUUACAAGCCGGCCUCAUCUACCGUGCCAUCCAAGUCAACAUUGACCUUUUCAACUGGGAGAGGGCACUAGAGUUGGCAGUCAAACACAAGACUCAUGUGGACACCGUACUGGCCUAUAGAGAGAAGUUCCUCAAGAAAUUUGGCAGAAAGGAGACCAAUAAGAGAUUCCUGCAGUAUGCUGAAGGGGUGGAGGUGGAUUGGGAGAAAAUCCAGGCGAAGAUAGAGAUGGAGUUGUCUAAAGAACGAGAGAAAGCCGCAAACGCCUCUGUGAGGAGCAGUGUGGCAGCUCGCCGUUAAUGUGCAGGAGACUUUCCUCUGAAACGCCAGCUUUUGUAAAAAUGUUUUUUUCCAAUGUGUUUUUCACGUUUUGGGUCAUUGGGCAGUUUGAUUUGCCCUCAGGAUAAAAGCUCCCCACUCCACAUGUGAUGUUCAGUGUCCUUCAAAAGUAACAAGUAUGUUAAAGCUGCAUUGAAUAACUUUUUUGUGAUUUUUGUUGUUGAUAUGUGAUUGGGCUUCAAUGGAUACAAACAUUGUAACAUUAUUUAUACACUGCGCCCUUCAUCUGUCGAGCAAUACUAUCAGACCUGACUGAGGGAAUAUGAGUACAAUGGUAAUGCAUGGUUGGGAUGACAAGGGUUUUACUGAGUAGUAGACUUCACCUCUGAAUCAUUUUGUGUUUUCAGUCAUAUUUUAACCUGUUUGACCCACUUUCUAGUGCAGUGUUGUUGUUGUUACCUGCUUCUGUCAAAUCACCUCCUGUGUGCAGUGCAGGAAUAUCACCAGGUGAUGAGAUCUAAGCACAGCUACUCAGAGAAGUACUGUACAUACAGUGUUGCUUGAAUCUUCUCAUUCUUCUUCUAAUAAUUUCCAGCAGGCUGUACAGUGAGUGCUGUAAUGUUGCUGCCCUCCACAGUUCAAAGUUCAUAAUCACAGUUGUCUUCUCAUCCUCCUUCAUCACAGUUCUCAUCUGCACUCUCUUCUUGCUCUUGUUCUUCUUUUUGUUCUUCUUCUAAUAAUAAUAAUGCCGCCGUCCACAGUUCAAAGUUCUUGAUCGGUUCUUGGUGGCAUCAGAGCUUUAAUUUUGAAAAACGUAAAGGGAACAUUUGGAGGUGUGAAAACUUUGAAUGUAGAAUAUUUCAUGUCCACACUAUUACAGUAUAAACUUGCUUUGAAAUAUAAAACAUUUGCACAUUUAUACAUGACAUCCCAUUGCUGUGGGUCACUGAUUUUACUGUCCAUAGUAUCAUAAACUCAAAAAGAAAUUCAGUAAAUCAAGCUCAAGAUUAAGUCUAAUCUUUUUUUUUUCCAUUUGUCAAAAGUAACUUAGUAUGUUAGCAUAUUGCUUGCUUUUGUUUCUGUUUGUUUUAUAUCAAGAUAUAUUUUUACAGUUGAUAUGUUUUACAUAUAUAUUCAAAUGCCUUCUGUAAAGAAUCUCAACUAAUAAAACAGAAAUUCUGAGUAUGUAAGUUAUAUUCUGUUAUAUUGCUGUCCCUGUUCUUCAUGUUUCUCUAAUCACUUGAUUUGUCACUGAAUUUAAUCUGAAGUCAGCUUUAAAAUCAGAUUGUAUUUCUGGAUGUCUGCGUUUUACAGACUAAUGUUUCUGUGUGAACCUCUGUGUGAGUUAUUAUUGUAUUUCCUUUUCUGCUGAGGUAUGAAACCAACUGCUUGCCAUGCAGCUCCACCCCCUGGUUGGCAGAAGACCAGUGCAUCAGCAGACCUUCAUCUGUCUUGUGUUGUGGACCAAGAGGGUGGACUUAGGAAGAAGAUCUUACAGCAAGACUGUUUCACAAUGGUGUGAACAGACGCAGUGAAACGUGAUUGGCGUGAUCCCUGAAACUGUGAGUGGCCACAGAUGCCAAAAAUGUUACAGAAACAGAAAAAAAAAUGACAAAAUCACUCUUUAUUUUUCCUGAACAUAUCUCAACCACUUCUAAUCUUUCUUAGACCUCAUCUUCCUCACAUUUUAUUCCCCUCUCAUCCUCUUUCUUACUAAACCUAUAACCCCAGUGUGAUAAAGCAUUAUUCGCCCAGGCCUUAUACACCCCUCAUCUAUGAAAAGACUUUUCGGCGGGGAGUCAGAUUUCAAAUGCAUUACUGCAGAUCGUCGAUGACACACGGCAGAUGACAAUAGGAAUUUGUAUCAGAGUGGUUUUCUGUAUUAUUAAGCCUCGUAACAAUCCCUCUUGAACGUUUGAAUGCAUAUUAACAUAUUAGAUUUUUUUCAACCUAUAUGUUGUAUUCCUGCCUAGUUUUGCACUUUACAUCACAUAAUUUAAGUCUUUUUUCCAGAUGUUAAUUAUCAGUGAUGACUACUGAACAAUAAACACUGUAUAUUCUUCUUAAUUUUGAAGUUACAAAACACCAAAUUGACUUGGCUGUAAUUGCACACUCGAAGU